AUGCAAGGCUGCUUUCUUUCCAACCGCGCCUGCGAAGAACCCGCCAACGACCCCUUUGCUCGUGCCAGGUCCGCUCUCGACGCCGCGAGGCAAGGUCUCGCGCUCGCACCCAUCCCCAACCUGUCUUCGGCUGUGGACGCUCUCAAUGGCGUCGUCCAGAAUGUCGAGAGGGUGUCGUUGUCUCCGCUGAAGAAGACGAGGUGGAUGAAGGAGUGGCUCGGAAGUCUGGCCGUGGAGAUCCGCGAGCUCGCAGAGCUCAUCAAGACCGCACCCACCGACGUCCAAGCCAUCUUGGACGACCUCAACCGGUCGGAGCGGCUGGUCGAGGAGACCGAGUCCUUCCUCAGAGGGUUGGAAAAACUCGGAGAAGGCGCAGAGGAGCUGCAGAAGGGAAAUCUCCUCCGUCAAUUGGUAUUCAGCUCGAGGGACGUGAAGAUGUUGAAGAAGCUGAAGACAGGAGUCGCGAGCCUCGGCGCAUAUUUCAAGACCCAGGCCGAAAAUGUGCCUCAACUCAAACUAGAUCCCCCGAAACUCGAAACCGCGCCAGAGCCCGAAGUCACUCCGGCACCCGAACCCGAAGCACCCGUUCCAGUGGUCGAGGAGGAGCCCGCCCCCUCCCCCGUCGAGCAACUAGUCGCCGAAGGGGUCGCUGAGUCUGUUCCAGAGCCCGUAGCCCCACCUGUGGAGGAGGACCCUGCCCCCGUGCCCCAACCCAAACGAGAACCCGCAAAACGAUACGACGAUGUGUUGGAGCGACUGCCACGCGCUCUUGUGGGAUAUGAGAGUCACCUCAAGGAGCCGCAAAAAAGGCUUCUCCCCGGAACGCGCCAAGACGCGGUCGCAGAACUGUCCCGAUGGGCCACGGGCCAAGAAGUAGAUGUCUCCACGCAGACUAUAUGCGUCCUCACCGGUGCGCCUGGUCUCGGCAAGUCGACCAUCGCAGCGGACUUCGCACAACGCCUCGGCCAUCGGCUCGGGGCCUCGUUUUUCUUUGCACGUGGCAUCGCCGACACGUCCUCCACUCGACUCUUCUUUCGCACCAUCGCCUACCAGCUGGCGUACUCGCAAGGCGACCUCCAUGACGUCUUCGCCAAAGCCGUCCGAGACCACAUCCACGACAUUGACGACCUCCUUCCCCAAGAUACAGGGAAGAUUCUUUUCCGGGACCCGCUUCUCUUGGCUGAGCCGCGAGAUGACGAUCCAGUCUUCCUCGUCAUCGACGGUCUGGACGAAUGUUUUGACACGUACAAGACCGGGCCUUCGAAGAUGAUCGAAUCACUUGUCUCCAGCGUCCGACAAGCACCAUUCCCGCUCAAGAUCUUCUUCACAUCUAGUCCUGGUGACGUUGUUGACACGACCGUCAUCGCCAACGUCAAACUUGUGGACACGGUUCAUAUCGUGGACCUCAACCAGCAACCUCUUGAGUGGGCGGACAAGAACUUCCUGUAUGCCGAUGUGGCAGCCCGCUUCCUGGUAGAAGACACCACCGACAUCAACAGCCAUCCUCGAGGCGCCUACCCGCGGGACGUCAUCCACGCGGAGCCGCAGACGUGCGAAGACGUGCAGGCCGUGCUCGGCGGCCUGGCGCUCCUCCGCGACGCCCUCUCCCCCAACACCUCCAAACCCUCCUCGGGCGACGAUCAAGAAGCCAGCCCCGUCCUCCACCGCCUCAGCGCCGUCGUCGACUGCAAUCCCAACGACCCCGACGCGCCCGCCCGCGCGCUGCACGCGUCCUUCGCGCGCUUCCUCGUCGACGUCCACCCAAAGUACGACAAGGGCCCGUACCUCGUCCGCACACGCCGCGAGCACGGCCGCCUCGCCGCCGCAUGCCUCCGCGCGCUCAUCGCCCUCGCGCGGGCCGCGGGCUGGUCCGCCGCACGCGCGGUACGCGUGCGUGCACUGGGCGGCGCACCUCGCGCAGUCGGACCGGACGAGCGAGGUGUUCGGGCUCGUGGCGAGCUUCGCGCGGGGGGCGCUGCUGAGGUGGGUGAGGCCGUCGCGGAGAUGAAGAGGUUGGACGUGGUCGACGGGGCGCUGGAGAAGGCGUCGGCGUGGCAGGAAAUCGGGAAGAUUCGCGGGUUGCUGGAUGCGGUGCGGAAGUGGGUGGGCGAGCAUCGGGACGCAGUCAAGGUGCGCCCCUAG